CACAAGCUCGUCUCAAGCGAUGCAGGUGCUGACGUUUGGCCUCGUGGGGGCCAUCCUGUGCUUAUGGUUCACAUUCGACGCCGGAACGUCUAUAUUCAUCAUGCUCGUCAUGUUCCUGCUCGUAUCUUACGUGGCAAACCGCGUCCUGUUGGAGUCAUCACCAGCCCACUUUCACGACUGCGGGUUUACAAACGACGAAGACGUCGCAUUCGACGACGAAUACGAAGAAGACUCUGUACAGACCACACCCACAAGAACGAAUCCCCAAGAAAAGCAGCCGUGGAAUGUCCCAGGUCUCAGGAUUCGUGAACUCAUCAUGCCGUCGUCGUCGCAGCACCGAAAAGACACAAUGCAGGCGGGCCAGGAGCUAUGGCCCAACUCGGACACUCCCGUUGAGAUCGAAAACGAGUAUUUCAGUGGUCGCAUCCUGUUCUUGCUCAAAACAGAGCCACGUAGCCCGACGUGGGGCCAACUUUUUGUCGGUCGCCGCCGGUUGUUUUGGAUCCAGUUGCAAGGCAAAUUCAAAAAGCAGCCGCAAGGGACUGUGUACGUGGGUGGCGAAAUCCCCAACAAGAUGAAGCUGGGCUUUUUCACGAAAGGGUUGUGCCGUGUGCUCCUUUCGGUCAUCAACUGCCUUGUCGUGGGGUUGCACAACAGCUUCGGUCGGUUGUAUCCCGGUGACGUGGCGUUACAGGACGACGAAGAACUGCCUCACCUGGCGUUCCCAUUGCACUCUUCCGUGGACGAGUUUAUUUGCACGCCGGCAGGGGAGGAGCCCCCAGCGUUGGGCUCGGACGGGUUCCUCGAAACGCGCGAAGAGCGAGCAAAACGGAGGUCGGGCAAGUACCCGUACGAGUUCAACACGGCCGACACGUACUCGUUCUCAUUCUUCAACUUUUACCUGGACUUUGAAAACUGGAAGGUUGUGAAUGCUCCUGGGGUUCCGGAUAUCAAUCUGUCCCAGUUUUGGGGCAGUAUGCCGAUGCGCAUCGUGUCGUACAGUUUGGCGCAGCCCGGCUCCCAGCGCCACACGCGCGGCCUGAAGCUGUACAACUUUUGUUUUGAGCUGACACCGCCGACAUGUGACGAGAACGCGUCUCCGAUACAGCGUUCGUCCUCGGCGACGGACAUGGCAGCCGUUGACGUGGAAGCAGAAGAGCUGGAGUUCCUCCGCGACGAGCAAAAGGCGCACACGCAGCUCGCCAACGAAUUAAGCUGCUUUGUCUUUACCAUCCCUGCCUGGCUCGAGUACUUCAGCACCCACGACCAUACGAAAGGUCCCGGGCAACGCCGUGUUGCGUAUGCAUUUGACAUCCUUGAGUACACCGACACGAGCCGGAGCCGGCUCAAGCGACAUCACAUCGCCAUCCACGGUGCGUCGCAAGCGCACAUGCCACUAACACUCGCGAACGACCAUCCCACCAGCGAAGCGUUUGGGACACAGUUCGAAUUCACGGUCGAAUCCAAGUCGGUCGGUGGUAGCGCGAUUGAAAAGGAACGCAUUGAAGUGGAGGCCCGCUUGAUUGACAUUUCGCGCGAUCGGGUCAUGGCGACGCUGGUCGAAAAAGACCACAAAGGCCUGUCCAUUGCGCACUUGAUUGCAGCCAAAAAUCAGCUCAAGCGACUGCUCACGUCACCAAGCACGGUGCUGCCAUACGCGCCGUUCUUCGCCGCUCGAGGGCUUGUGGCCAACGCGACCCAGUGUCAGGUGGUCCGAAUGGUGUGGGACUCGCACUGGCGCAACGAAUGGAUGAUCCUAGACACGGGCAAGUCCAAAGCCCUUCGCUUCUUUCGCAUGUCGUCGUCCACGCCGUGCGUGACGAUUCACCUGGCCGACAUCUUGGCGCUGUCGCCGAUCUCUGGCACGACGUUCAACCUCCCGGCGACGGCGAACUGCAACGGAAUGCACUGGAUCCAAAUUGAAACGCUGGCACGAGUUCACGUUCUUGCAGUGGCCAGUUACCAAGAGUAUGAGUUCUGGAUGAAGAUGCUGGCAGUCGAGGUGGAAAAGAUUGUCGUGGAGGGAAAGGAUGUACUCGCGCGAUCCGUGUUGGGCCAACCAUUUCGGUCGAUUGCCGGCCUUUUGGGCAAAGGGCGCCACCCGAAAGACCUGUUCAUGCCCACACGGGGGGACGAUGGCCGUGUUGUGCUGAACGACCGCCGAAUCGCCACGCGCUUUGGGUUGUCUCUGCCAGCGUCAGCGCAGUCCGCCUCGACGGAACACAAGCUCUUCCUCGAAAUGUGCGAAGUGGCAGAGAAGGCGCUGCGCAUGGUGCUCGUACUCACAAAACACCCCACAGCGUGCCUGACCGGUGAAGUGCUCACAUUUCUUGACCAAGUGUCCAUCUUGAAGAGGUUCGUCCCGGCGCUGUCGUCCAAGGCGCUGGCCACUGUGUCCACAGCCCACCGCACGGCGUUUUUCUUGAACGUGUACCACAUCCUGGUGCUGCAUGGUUCGUUUUUCGAGCUGCUGCCGACCGUCAAGCCCAAAUUGACGUGGAGUUCGUUUUACAACAUCGUAUCGUACGACAUUGCUGGGAUGUCCCUCACCCCUGCCGAAAUCGAGCACGCCAUUAUCCGCGCGUCGCUGUGUCCGCUAAAGCCGCCGUUUCCCGCAUUCGUCGUGCCUCGAUUCGCCGACGAUGACCCAAGACGAGUGCUGAAGGUCCCGACCGCGGAUUACCGCGUGGACUUUGCUGUGAAUUGCCUCACCAAGUCGUGUGUCCAAGUGGUAGCAGUCUUUCGCGGGGAUGAUCUCGAUCGCCAAUUGAACUACAUCUGUCGCGUCGUGCUCAGCACGCUCAUGUCGACUGACUCGAAGCGCCACGUGAUCUACUUGCCCCGGAUAUGCGAAUGGUACCACGCCGACUUUCCAGGCGACGACACAGUGCUGUCAAAAGUCACAACGUUGGCGACCCAUCUGGACGGCGACAUCAAGCGCGCCGUCGAUCUUCUCCUCGGUCACCCCACCAAGCUCUCGAUCAAGUAUUUAAAGUACGACUACGGCUUCCACAGCACGAUCUUCCUCGCCGGGGAUGCGCCGUAGAGCCACCCACCGUACUAGCUUUGUAAUGUCGCCUGUAACAUCGUCUGUGCGUACCUUGGCCA